AUGAACGCAAAUGUUCUAUCCUUUGAGGUUUUUGUGGACAACUUUAUUGAAGUGGGCUUUUGUGCUCAGUCUCGUGCGUUUGCCCACGCUCACUUGACUCCGAAGAAUCGCGCAGAGAUUGAUAGAAUAGUCAAACGGAUACGGCCGUACCAUGGCAUACUACUCUUGGAAGACGUUUGGCCAAGUCCUGAUGCUAAUCCGUCAGUAACAUUGCUUUUAAAGCACUGCGAAGCGGACAGAUCUAUUUUAGAUAUGUCGACUGCUUCAGGAAUACCUCUACUUCAGGUAUUUCUUAUUGUACGCCAUUUACUGUUAUGGGCUCGUGCUAUCGUUAUCUAUCCGUUAUGUAACUCAAACGUCUACGCAUCCGCCACGUAUCCAAAGCCAUGGAAAAGGUGGUGGUUUUGA